AUGAGCCCGCGAGGGGAGCGGCGCCGAGACAGCCUCCGCACGCGCAUCAUCUCGCGCGGUGAGCACCACGGCGAGGAGGGAGGGCAGCGGCGUGAAGGGGCUGGCGGGAUCGACGGGGAGGGAAAGGAGGGCGCCACCGGCGGGGAGCGCGCCGUCGGUGAAGGCGGAGCGCGCCACCGGCGGCAGAUGGUGGUGUCGGCGGGGAUGUCGGGGCCGGCAGGGAGGGAGGGGAGGGCGGGGGCCGGCAAGACUGGCAGGGAGGGCACCACCAGCGGGGAGCGCGCCGUCAGUGAAGGCGGAGCGCGUCACCGGCGGCAGAUGGUGGUGUCGGCAGGGAUGUCGGGGCCGGCAGGGAGGGAGGGGAGGGCGGGGGCCGGUGGGACUGGCAGGGAGGGCGCCACCGGUGGGGACCCGGGAUCGAGGGGAGGCCACCGUGGGCGACGGCGGAACGGGCCACCGGCGGCCGCGGGUGGCACCUACGGGGACGGUUCCCUGCACAGGAGGGCGGCGGCAGUGGCCAAGAGGAGGUCCAUAAUAGAAGUUUCUGGAGCUGCAAAAUAG